ACUUCCUGCGGCAAUAUCGGUAUCAACUACGCAAAAUACGAUAAUAUCUUCUACAGGCCUCCAGGCCCGGGUGAUACGAGAAAUUUUAGGCCAGCUGAGUACAAAACUAUACGGCCACGAUACAAUGGGACAACAACGUAUAUAGGGUACAAGGCCCUUGUCGCAGCUUCCAUAUACGGACAGCCAAUCGAACCGGUCGAGGAUCUGGUCAUUGAUCACACAUUCUACCUCUGUGCGCCCAUGACAGGCAACUAUGUCUUCUCAUCUAUCUCCGCAGACGAUAUAACCGAGAUCUGGUUGGGAGCCAAGGCAUACCGCGGUUGGACCAGACCAAACGUAGAUAUAGAGCAGACGUACGUUGUCGGCACGCAGACGCCAGUAAGCACUACGGUCUUUCUACAAAAAGGUCAAAACUUCCCCGUUCGCGUCAUGGGCGGAAACUACCAAGGGGCGGGAGAAAUCAAUGUCGGGAUUUUCGCCCCGGACGGGCGUGCGCUACUUAAGACGAAUGCACUGAAUCCGUCUGCUAGUAUCACCAGCCAGUUCCUUCUAAAAUAUAUCUGUGGGGACCGAUCCUCCGUGUUCCCACCGUGG